AUCCAAAUUGUUGUCAAAUAAAAAUUGCAGUAUUUUUUACAUACAUAAUUUCAUUUUUCUCAUUCGCAAAAUUUUUGAGUUACAAUAUCAUAAUACAAUAAUAUCUGACUGAAAACAGUUAGGUAUUAUGGUUUGUUUAAUAUAAAUUCACGAAUCUCAUGCCCUUGCACCCAGACCUGGUACCGACCUGUUUAACUGCAACCAUAAAAUAGCCAAUUAUUAACGAUGUGGCUUUCGCUGAUAGUGUGUAGUUUAUUGGUUAAUUCAGUUAUUGGUAAAGUUGGAAAAUCCAACUCUACUUCUGGUAAAGUACACCCAAGGAACAUGCCUCGAGAGUCUGUCAAUGUUGGAGGCACUCAAGUGAAAGGCACUAGUUGCGCGCAAAGGCUAUGUCUAGGGUGCUCCAGACGCACAGUUCACCGCCGCUCCCCGGUCCAAGGGUGUCUUAGUGCGCCCUUUGUCACCACGGAAUGGUUGAGAAGGGGCAAAAUGGCAUUCCCCGUACAGGGUGUUCGAUCUUAUAUGAUGCACAGGAAGACUCCUGAAUACCUGCAGGCACCAAUGAUGGAUUUCGCUUGCAUUACGUUCGUGGCAAAAGUCAGUAAGGGUACUGACGUUGUGAGGGGGUGCGUUAUUAACAUGCGCGUUGGUGAACUAAUGUGCGAUGAUAUGGAAGACUAUGAGAAAAACGAGAAUCACGGUAGGGAAAUCAUGUGCUCUCUGUGUCAAGGCAACGACUGUAAUACAGCUCCUAUGACCACGGCCCCUAGUCUCGGACUGGUCGCAUUGAUGGCCCUUGCAGCCUACUUUAAACCUUGAGUGUAAAACGUGCAAGUUUCCUUUUUCGUGUAUUAGAGUUGGCAAAAACUUUAAUAAAUAUGUGCUGUGAGCUGUGAGCAUUCA